UCGCGCCCUUCCUUCCCUCCCCGCCUCCGAGCCGCGGAGCGCCCUGGCUCUGGGGCCGAUAUGGGAGCCGCCGCGUGGGCAUCGUCGCCCCUGCCGCCGCGUGUGUCUCUCCUGCUGCUGCUUCUGCCGUUCCCGGGGCUGCCCGUGGGCUCCUGGGACCCGGCGGGUUACCUGCUCUACUGCCCGUGCAUGGGGCGCUUUGGGAACCAGGCUGAUCAUUUCUUGGGCUCCCUGGCAUUUGCAAAGCUGUUGAACCGCACCCUAGCUGUACCUCCUUGGAUUGAGUACCAGCAUCACAAACCUCCUUUCACCAAUCUCCAUGUGUCCUACCAGAAGUACUUCAAGCUGGAGCCCCUCCAGGCCUACCAUCGGGUCAUCAGCCUGGAGGACUUCAUGGAGAAGCUGUCACCUACUCACUGGCCCCCUGAGAAGCGGGUGGCAUACUGCUUUGAGGUGGCAGCCCAGCGAAGCCCUGAUAAGAAGACAUGCCCCAUGAAGGAAGGAAACCCCUUUGGCCCAUUUUGGGAUCAGUUUCAUGUGAGUUUCAACAGGUCUGAGCUUUUUGCAGGCAUUUCCUUCAGCGCCUCCUACAAAGACCAGUGGAUCCAGAGGUUUUCUCCAGAGGAACAUCCAGUGCUUGCCCUGCCAGGGGCCCCGGCCCAGUUCCCUGUCUUGGAGGAGCAUAGGCCGCUCCAAAAGUACAUGGUGUGGUCAGAUGAGAUGGUGAGGACAGGGGAGGCCCAGAUCCGUGCCCACCUCAUCCGACCCUAUGUGGGCAUUCACCUGCGCAUUGGCUCCGACUGGAAGAAUGCAUGCGCCAUGCUGAAGGACGGGACCGCCGGCGCCCACUUCAUGGCCUCCCCGCAGUGCGUGGGCUACAGCCGCCACACCGCCGCCCCGCUCACCAUGACCAUGUGCCUUCCCGACCUGAAGGAAAUCAGGCGCACCCUGAAGCUCUGGGUGACGGCGCUGAACGCCCAGUCGGUCUACAUUGCCACUGACUCUGAGAGUUAUGUACCCGAGAUCCAGCAGCUCUUCAAAGGGAAGGUGAACGUGGUGAGUCUGAAGCCUGAGGUGGCCCAGAUCGACCUGUACAUCCUCGGCCAAGCUGACCACUUUAUUGGCAACUGUGUCUCCUCCUUCACUGCCUUCGUGAAGCGGGAACGGGACCUCCAGGGGAGGCAGUCGUCCUUCUUUGGCAUGGACAGUCCGCCUCAGCUGCGGGAUGAGUUCUGAUCCUACCUGGAGCAUACCGCCUGUCUGAGUUGUUCCCUCCAGCCAGGCCUGGCGGCCGGAGGUGCUCCCAGGAUUGAUCCCCAAGGAUCAGAGAACAGAAAAAUGUACCAGGGACUUCCUGGAGGAGGAGGAAGAUAGUCCAUCUCCCAGGGCACGGGACUUCCAAGCUUCUAGUAGCCAGACCAUCUCCCUUUCUCAUGUGCUCCCUGCUGCUUCUCCUGGGAAUUUCUCACACCAGCAAAGCAGUCCAACAUCUGUCUUUUGGUCUGCCCUGCUCUGAGCAGCCUGGGAUGCUGAACUCUAUAAGGAGAGAUUUUUUUAUAUAUAUGGAGAGAGAUUUUUAUAGUUUUGAUACAAGGUCAUGACUCCCCUAGAACUCUUCCUCAUUUUAAAAAAUCAGUGAAGUUCAUUAACAUAGGUACCUGAAGUGACCUUAACAGAAUGUGGAUAAGGCCAGGGGUGGGUGGGUGUAUUGACCGCUUUUCCAGAUGACCCCUAAAGUGGCCCUCAGACUCAUCCCCACUGCCUGGCCAGAGCCAUUGUCAGCCGCCCUUUCCUAGGCCAUUGCCAGGGUUUGGGGCACAAACACUCUUCUCCAUUGUACGCACUAUGCAAAUAGAA